GGCAGAUCCCCCACCGGCGGGUGGAGGGCACGGGGGCCGGGAGGAGCGGGCAGCCCUUCCCUCUCCGUCGUCCCUCCUUCCUCCUGCUGCGGGGGGGUGCGCGGUGCUGCCUUUCCGCCCGCUGUCGAGCUCCGCGGAGCGGCCCCGGCCAUGGGGCUGGGCGCCGUCGGGUUUCUCGGCUGCUGCUGCCUUCUGCCCCUCGUCCUCCCCGCAGCCCCAGGCGUGAACUGUAAAACUGGCUGCCACCCAGAGAAUGGAUUUUGUGAAAUUUCCAAUGAAUGCAGGUGUCAGCCUGGUUGGCAGGGUGCUCUUUGUGAUCAGUGUGUUCCUUUCCCUGGGUGUUUGCACGGCAGCUGUGCCAAGCCCUGGCAGUGCAUCUGUGAGGAGGGCUGGGUUGGCAGCCUCUGUGACAUAGAUAUUCACCCAUGUUCAGGAAAGCCCUGCACCAAUAACUCAACAUGCAUAGAAACUGGUGAUGGAGGAUAUAUUUGCCUGUGUGCCCAAGGAUUUAGAGGAAAAAACUGCCAUCUCAGAAAAGGACCUUGCAUUAUUAAUGGCUCUCCCUGCCAGAAUGGAGGAACAUGCAUUGAUGACAGUGGUUUUGCACCCCAUGCUUCCUGUUUGUGCCCUUCUGGUUUUGCUGGCAACUUCUGUGAAAUAGAUAGAGAUGACUGUGAAUCAAAUCCAUGUGAAAAUGGAGGAACAUGUACAGAUGUUGGUAUGGGUUUCAGCUGUUCUUGUCCCCAUGGCUAUACGGGAAAGAUCUGCAGUAGCCGUAUCGUAUUCUGUGCAAGUGGCCCGUGUGAGAAUGGAGGGACAUGCAGUGAACAUCCUCAAGGAGGAUUCGAAUGCACCUGUAAACCAGAAUUCAUUGGUCUGACCUGUAAAUAUCCCAGCAGAAACACAAGUCUUUCUGGAGUGAAUACAGAGACAAAGCAUAUGCAGAAUUACAAGCCACCCUUAAAAGCUCAUCACAGAUCGGUGCAUCAACAGCAAGAAAUCCUGAAAAUAACAAUGAAAGAAACAAUCCAAAAUGUAGAUCCCUUGCUGAGCAGAAGUCAGGUGAUAUGUUUUGUUGUACUGGGCUUGCUUACAUGUCUUGUUGUCUUGGGUACAACUGGAAUUGUGUUUUUUUCAAAAUGUGAAAUGUGGCUUGCCAAUGCCAAGUACAGUCAUCUCCUACGCAAGAAAAAAAACUUUUUUCUGAAAUCUGACAAUGGGGAAAACCUCUCAGUUAAUAUUAUCUUCCCAGAGAAGAUCAAAUUGACUAAUUACACUAAGAACUACACUGCCAUCUAGGCCCUUAAAAGGCAAGCAGCAACUUGCGACUUUUCAUAGCGAUGUGUAAAAUAGAUUGAGUUUAUUACCUGUGACUGGCCUCAGUGUUUGUGGGUACAUUUCCUGUAGCUUGUUGUCGUGGUCUAACGAGCGGACUACGAAGUGAUAAUGAAGAAAUGCGAUGUAUCUGUACUGCUAAGUACUUUUUUAUGCCCCAAAAUAAAAGAAGAAAAAAAAUAAUAAAAACUUAAAGAAAAGGGAAUGCUCAUUUGUUUUCUUUUCAAGGCAGCUAUUUUUUGUAGAUUAUAAAGUAAUUUACCACUGGAACUGUACUGCAGCUCUUCUGUGUUGUUCGUAACUUAUUUGGCAAAUAUGGUACCUGUGAAUUACCCAGUAAUGCUUUUAUUUAAUAAACAGAAUUUAAGGGCUAUAAUGGU